GGCCUGCUUCGGUCGCCCACGGAGGCGGCGGCGGCAGGAGCGGCCGGAGCGGCCGUUUCGAAGGCGACGGUGGAGAGACCCGCACCCCCCGCGCCGGGCGCCGAGAGAGAAUUUCCGAGGGCGACAUGAUGAGGCCCGAUCGCGUCGCUCGUUGCCAGCUCUCGACUCGACAUGGGACGCCUUGAGGCGGGACGCGGCGAGCGCUCUGCUGCCGGCAGCCAGCCCCUGCUGGGACACCCUGUGCAACAGAGCUUCAUAGCUCAUCGGAUUCGUCCAGUCGAAAUCAAGGCUCCGACUGGAGACGCUCCACGGAUGAGGAACGGUGCUUGAACCGCGUGGCGCGCACAACUUGUGGCCGUGGGGGGUUUCAGGAAUCCCAUCGCGAUCCGAGUAUGGCCACCAAGAAGAAGCCGCGCACUCGAUACCGACAGCCCGUGUACUGGUCGGCCGACGAGUCGAGAGCCAUCAUCGCGAUCAUAUCCGACCUCGGCGUCGUGGCGGAACUGGACAAAAAGAGGCAGCGAAACUUCGCCAUCUUCGAGCAGGUGCGGCAGCUGCUGUCGGCGCGCGGCAUCUACCGCACCAUCCCGCAGGUGCGCGAGAAGUGGAAGAAGCUCAAGGAGAAGUUCCUGGCGGCUAAGGCGAGGGCGUUGGGGAGCCCCGAGGGGCUGCCCACGUUCCCCUACAUGGCCGAGAUGGAGGAGCUGCUGGGCUCACGGAGGGGGCCCUCCGACCCACGGCCCCACGAGCUGCUGCGUCCCUUCUCUCCAUUGGCGGCGCGCGGGGACCACAGCUUCCACGACGACGCCGAUUUCGGGGUGACUCCGGGCCCGUCGGGGUCACAGUUGGACUGCUCGACGCGCUCGGCCCAGCACCAAGAGUCGUCCUACAUCGAGACGGAUGAGGAGGAGUCCGAGGAUGAUUCUGAGGUAGAUGACUUUGAGGAGGAGGAGGAGGAAGAGGAGGAUGAAGAGGAGGAGGAGGAGGAAGAGGAGGAGGGCUACUCAGAGCUGGAGGAUGACGGUCAGCCCGUUGUGAACACGGUGGAUCCGGAGUGGGCCGACGUGGCCCCUGCGAACGACGGCAGUGGUGGCGGCGGAGGUGGUGGCAGCUGGGACGCGCGGCCACCAUCGCCCUUCUCCUCUCCCUCCUCCUCGUUGCUGCUGCACCGCUCGCGCAAGUCGGCAGAGGGAGGCGGCGCUCACCGGUUCCGAGACCGGCUCCCCCACCCACCACGGGGUCAGUUCCCGCAGGUGCGCUGGGAGGAUCUCUCCGCCGAUGGCCGCAUGAUCCUGCUCUGUCACCAGGAGACGAUGCGCUUCCUGCGGAGGGAGGCGCGGCGGAACGAGCGCGAGCGCCAACGGAGCCAGCGCCGUCGUACACGCGUGGCUCAGCAGGUGGUGGACGCGUUUGCCAACGCCCUCUCCUCGCUCGCCUCAUCGCUGCUGGACCCAGCCAAGAGGGACCCGGACUCCGUGGAGUCGCGCGCUCCGCCUGACCGGCCCUCCAAUGGCAUCGUCCGGUAGCCGUCAUCAGGGCCCAAGCCUCAGUCCUCCCUGCCAAGUGAAUUAUUGCCAGGGCCGGAUUGCGAGCCGGAUGAUUGCGAGUAGUCCCCUCGGAUUCGCUUCGACUCGUCGUGGACUGCUGCAGGGCCAAGCUAGGGCAAGGCUUUGCGUGCAGUCCAUGUGCCUGGGACACGCCUGACGAUCCCUGUGACUCGGACGCGCCUGACGCUCCCGUCCCGUGGGAUGUUACCCAAUUUGGCGAUUCCACCUACGUUUCGGCACACACCCUUGUUGGAGUGGUCAUGGUGCCCCCCCUACUUUCAGGUGCGUGAGCGCUAUCUGGAUGUGCUUCUGCGGCCGUCUGGAACGCCUCUUCCUUCCGACAUGAGGAAGCCACUGGAGCUAUGCACUUUUAAAUCAUCUAGAUUGAUAAACUAAUUUCUUUUAGAACUAGAUUUUUGUGUUUAGUAUGUUGUCCUUUCCCCCGCACCUACGUUUGGCUACGUACGGUGCAAAAUAACUUGAACAUACAACGUACAUACAACAUACAUACAUACAUGCGAGCCACCGUUUAAACUCACGUCACGUCGGCACACGCCACGGUUACACGCGUGUUUUCCCUUCACAUGAGUCAGCUGCUGCAGAGACACGGGGAGGAGCACGGCAAAAAUACUCGGCGCUCGCAGGUCACCAGCCAUGCAGGAGAUGGCUUGUCAGACCCCAGCAGAAUCGCAUCGAUCAUUUACUUCUACAUAUCAGCAUAAACCAUUUCCCAUCCCGAUGACGUACGCAUACAUAAGUGUACAUUUUCGGAACGGGACCGAGAGAAAAACUAAAAUAAAGUAACUUUAUCGACAGCGAGGCUCCCACAAGGCCACGGUGGGAGGGGUGCGUGGCACAGUUUGGCCGUCGUAUCGCUAUGGUUCUCUGCGGUGAGUAACAACGUCUUUACAAAUCAACGGUGUUACUACAACUCUCUAAAUAAAAUUAACGCUGAAUCACUCGCGCGUUCCGACAUUCAGCGGUGAACGGAACCCCACCUACCCUGCAAGCUUGCAGUGCAUCUCGGAACAGGAAAGGGUUAAGAGAGAAUCUUUGCUCUGUUCGGAACUGAAUUGUUCCAGUAUUACUUUUUUAUAUUGUAAAUGACAAGACGUUAUUACAGAUAAAGUAUUUGUAUAUCUGUAGAGUAGGUUGACUUGGUGAUAAAGGGUGUGAUGGCAAGGCCAACAUUAAUCGUUCGCAGCCAGCAUAGAAAGAAAUGAAGGACAAAGCACAUACAUUACAUUUCAGGCAUGGAUUCCUUGUAAUUUUAAGGUCUUUGAUUUUUUUUAAUUUAUUAUUUAUUUCGUAAUACUUUUUUUGCUAUUUUCCUGCCUUUGUUAUUUUUUCAGAAUCAUAUUCUCUCUUUUUGUACUUACAUUUUUCACGAGUUAUAUUUAUGAGUUUUCAUUCGAGAGAGACAUGUGAUGUAGAAAUAUUUGAUGAGAUAUCGUUUUCUCCACGUUUUUUGGUCGAGCCAUUUUUAAACACCUACAUGCCCAUUUAAAACGUGUCUGAAAAUGUAAAGAUUAAAAGCGUGAAGAUUCGGUAACACCCCGAUUUACGUCUGCCGCCUUGUUAUGUUGGUUUAGCAAAUUGGCUUUGCUGGUUAAACAAGCAGAGUAAGAGGCGCGCCUCGCACGACACGCAACACGCGUUGCUGAAAGACGCCACCUAAGACGAAUCGCGCUGUACGAAGCCUAAUCCUCAUAGACAUUGUACAUGUUAUGGGGGUGUGCCUUACUGAAGAAAAAUUUAGGAUAAUUUCAUUAUUUUAGGCCUGGAUACAUACAAAAUACGUAUAAAUGUAAUACUGAAUAAUAACUUUAUCACCACCGCUACCCGAUGAACGUCACCUCAACCCCCAAACAUUUAACGUCGCUGACGGCAUCGUCCGUCCCGUAUCCAUCGCCUCUCGGCCUUUGCCACCACCACCCACUACGACUACUACCCCUGUUAAUCACUUUGAUUUAUGCCGUUUAGAUAUUAGUCGUCGCGCCUUUCAGGAACGCAUCCUCUCCCGACGUGAACCAGAGGGGUAUCGCUGUAUUUGUUCUUGUUCUGCCUGGUGGAUAACGUACGGUUUCAUUGCAGCUCAUUCCCAUGUCCUGGGACCUGUCAAUUAUGGCCGCACCAUGCCGUGGUUCCCCAUCGUUAGCCAAGCCCUUGAAUGAAUCCACCGCACGGAAGUUGCGAAUUCAGCUGGCAAUGUCGUGGUCACGCUACCUGCACUCGCGUUCAUUGCGAGCUUCGUGGCUCACUAGAACCAUCGUGCUCCGCCAGCCUUCCGCUAAAAUGCCUCCUCGUGAAAAACAACAACCCGCCACCGCCUUCGGUGAUGCUCCUGUGAACCGUUCCUUCCACGUGCCCCUACAUUUCUUUCGUGUGCGCGGCCAUUCGUGCGUUUACAAUUGUUUUACAUUUUUCGUUGAAAGUGUCUUAAUUUUUUUAAGAGCUGCACUCGCGAAUAGAUUUGCCGUUUUUGAACUCGCCCGUGCCAUAUGUUUGGCGGCGGCAGAGUUUACGGUCGAAGGUGCCACGCAAACGGGGAAUGCGCUUCUUCGCAGCUAUUGCUGCAGGCCAUCCGCAAGCGAAAGCCAUUCACACCGAAGUCCUUUGGCUCGGCUCCAGCCAAGGGAAUGGAGCUUUCUCAACGUCCGCUGAAACGUCAUGCACAUUGCAGUCGCUAAUUCCAUUGCUAAUUCCAUCCUGUGUUCCCUCUCACCAACGCACAAAGUGUCGUGCUUUGCAUUGACCGCAGCUUUCAAAAUUUGGCCUCGAUCUUCGGGAUGAGGUCCAUGGUGCUCUAAUUUCCAUUUUCUAGAUGUCCCCUCCCGCCACCCCUUCCUCCAUUAUCCCGGUUUCUUGAUUGCCCGAAGGCCAAAUUCUGUGUUCUCGUCCGUAACAACUCUGCCAAUAUUGGACCACAACAAGCGUGCAUGUGUUAGCGAGCUGUCGAUUAACCGUUAAAUCGCUUACAAAAUGAGCCGUGGGUUGCAGCAGCUUUGGUAUUUGAGCAGUUUCAAAAUGUUAAGUACACACAUCUACAGUUUUGGUUAAAAUUGCAGAUGAAGAUUUCGUUAAGGUUCCCAGCUAAAUACAAUGCCACAGCAGUAGUUGCUGUAAAUCCAUGUAUUGUAAUAUGCACGUUAGUGUAACAUACAUGCACGUAUGUGUGUGUCCAUAUACAUUUACACAGAAGAAUUUAUAUAACCGAAUUAUCUCUUUACGUACACACACAUGCAUCAUCCUAUGUGCCUAAAUGUCGAAUAUUUCGUCUGCCCCUAUUUACAACGCAUAGUUUAUACACAGACUUUGCACCAUAGCGCAUAGUAAUGCAUAAUGCAUAUAGUAUUUAUGUCAAUAGUUUUCUAUGUAUUUGCCUGUUAAUAAGUUAAGUUUUGCUGUCAUGUCUCUUUAAAGCAUUGUUACUGCUUACAUUUGUAUUUUCUAAUGGACAUUAGCAUACAGAAUGUUCAAAUAUACUAUUCUGAGGCAGUAUUGCUGUUGACGUUGGCUUCAAGCCUUUUAAAAUGCUGUGUUGAUGUAACACAUCGGUUAAGACAAUAACGCUCGCUAGGUCAAUGUGGAAUAUGUGAAACCAAACUGAUGAUUUUGGUGCGAUAGGAAUAUAUGAAGCCAGCAUGAUGGUGCAAUGCUAGCGCUCGUGCCUCACAACAAUGAGCAACUGGGUUUGAUUCCCAACAGGGGCACUUUUCCACGUGGAGUUAAAACUAAAACAAUUUUUUUUUAAUUCACCAGGUACGAGCCCACUGAGCUGUAUAUCUCUUUUUCAGAAGCGACCUGGCUAUCACAAAUGAUAGCUUAACGAAGUGGCUUAUUAUCAUCAUGUGGAAAUGUAUAGCAGCCAAAUCCUUAAAACUCUUGUUUCUAAAUGUGGAGGGAAAAACCGGAGGACCCGGACAAAAUUCCACAUGACCACAAGGAGAGAGACAUAUAUACUCUAGAUAUACAGCAGGUGUCAGCUUCAGGAUCAAACCCACGACCUGUCUACCAGGCGAGGUAGUUAACAUCUAGCCACCAUGGCGCCAUUUUACUCUCCCUCUGUCCUGCAUUGAUUUCCUCCGGUCUUGAGGAUCCACAGUGUCCUCCCAGAGCUGAAACCAAAAUAAAAUAAACUAUUGAAUCUAUCCGGUAUUGGCCAAACAUCCCCAAUCCUGAAUAAUUACUUGCAAGUAUGACUCGAUGGGGAUUACAUGCAGCAGCAACAUUGCCCCGUUACUGUGGUAACUUGGCCAGGAACAUCUUGAAAAAGAGCCUUGAGACUCGGUGAGACAUUCCUAGGUAAACAAGCAUAGUAACAACAAUAAUACUAUAGUUUUUCCAGUUGAAUUUUUUUUUGUCCACGACGACUGGGGGACCCAGGCUGUGCCAGGCCAGGGAGCGACGUUGAGGCCAUGUGGUCUCCAUCCCCUGCAUCCUGCAGUCACAGGAGUGGGUGGUGCGAUGUGACCUAAACCCCUUUUCCCAUUCUGAUGAUGACUUAGGUGUACGUCAUCGGUUUUCUACUAAAAAUAAAGCGACUUUAUCAUUACCGAGGCUCUCAGAAGGCCACACAGGAGCGGGGCGUGUUGCACAGUUUUAGCGCCAGCUAUUAUAGAGAGGGGGCGGUCGUGUCGCUACAGUUCUCUGCGGUGAGUAACGUCUUAAAAAACUACGGGCACUACUACGCUUCUCUAAAUAAAAUGUACGCUGAACACGCUUCACACGUUCCUAGAUUUGGCUGCGAGUGUGAACCUAUUCUUAACUAACGAGCGUGUGCUUUAGAAGAUGUUGAUUUGGUCGUGGGUUAUGUUAAGAAAAUUGACGUCUUGGUAUUUUCCCCGCACAGCAACUUGGGUGUUUUUAACACUUAGCCCUGACCGGCCGGGAAGCUAAGUAAUGCACGUGAACGUGGCAGCGCUGUGCGCCCCUUUCUGGCUUGCCCCCGUGACGUCGCGGACCGGUAGCCACUCUUCCCCAGUGCCACGCGUGUACGGUUCAGCUUGGAGCGGAGAGCACGCUGGGGCGGGUGGUCCCCGGCUUUUGGGGUAAGCGGGAGACGUGCUGCCCGGCUAGCGCCGUGGGAAUGGAUGGCAUUGUACGUAUGUUGACCUGCUUACCAGGCGAGGUAGUUAACAUCACACCAACACGGUACCCCAAUUCAAGAUGGUGCCCAGGGAUGCACACCCAGGCUCUCUCGUUCCUCCUCAACCCACCGAGAGAACAGUCGUGACUUUGAGGUCCAAUUUAAUAUUGGAACAAUCUUGAUAUGUUAUGUAUGUUACUGUAUGUUGAAUGUAUGUCUUUUGCCGCAUGCGAAGCCGACCGUGCUAAUCGCAGUAUGCGUUCACCCCGUCCGUGAUGCCCACACUACACCAGCACCAUCUCGAAGCUCGUGGAAACUGAGCACGAGCCGGUUUAUGGGGGCGGUGGGGUGGUGACACUCGCGCUGCCUCCUGGCAACGGUUCCUCCGGGCUGUCCUUCCUCCCAUCGCUAUAAACAAACAACACACACACGAUAUAUAUAACUGCUUGCCAAACCACGCCCAAAUGCUAAAAAAUGUUGCUGCAAAUUAGUCAAAUUUGCAGAUUACGCACAGCAACAGCAGCGUCGCCCCCAUACUGUGAACACUUUGGCAAGACCCUCAAGGAAAGAGCCUUGAGACUCGGUGAGGCUCUCCUGGUCAACAGAACAGAACACAGGUGCGCCUCGCAUCGCGCGCGAUGGAGUCGAAUCGCGCUCAACAGCCUAUUGUCCCGUUGACAUGGUCCACGUGUGUGUGCGUUACCGAAGAAAAAUUCAGUCUUCUAUUUAAUUAUUUAGCCUUGGAUAUAUACAUUAAUACGUAUACAUGUACUUAAUAAUAAUAAAUAAUUCAGAUGAAAACGAAUACUACUUAGAAAUUUUACCUAAUAAAAGAGUAAUUUCAGGACAUCAAGGAUUCUGUUGGCUGCUUGCAGCAGCGUGCACGUGAUGCGGACAACCGGCGGCAGAUCUACGACGGCUCGGCCUCGCCCGUGACACUGAGAGAUGCGUAGCCCGAGUGCCAAGUACACCCCGACAACAUGAAUCGCGUUUCUGCGAAUUCGCACUCUGGGGAGGCGCGCUGUCGUGCACAGUAGACCCUCGUUUCUCGCCAUGAGGGAUACGUUCUCGAGAUGCUCGUGAACAGCAAAUUCUCUCAUCACUUUAUCGCUCAUCACUUUAUCUCUCAUCACUUUCUCUUAGUGCAGUCGUGUAGAGUCCCAGAUGUGAAUCGGGGAUAGACAAGUUCGUGAAUAACGAGGGAAUACCAUACCAGUAUUUAACCGUUCUGUCCGUGUACCAUGUAUGUACGCGCACGAUGAAACGCAUAUUUUUGUUUACACAUUUCUUACGUAAAAAUAUAUAUAUACGUGAGCAAUCGUGAGGCAAGACUGAAUUCAAAGCACAGCGGAUCAGUAUUAAAGUUUGGGGUUGAACUUGGCGUUUUUCUGUCGGUAGUUUGUACACAGCAGCAGGUGUAGCAUGCACAAUGUGUUGUCAAUGGUCAUAUGUAAAUCGCAUAUUUUAGGGUGCUCAAUUAAAGCCACAUUUUAUAACUUCCUGCGAACUUUUAUUACCCGCGUUUGUUAUGGUGGUCAAAUGGGUUGGCCACAGAAUCGUCCUGAAUAACUGAAGCAUUAAUUUAAAACCACUUUUGUGCUCCGUUCGUAUACAGACAUUGGAACUGGUGUGUUGUUCAUUAUGAAGAGGAAAGUAAGUUUAAUACAGCAUCUCUUUCUCUUGUUUUCAA